GAAGUGACAUAGCGUCAAACUCGUGCAGUCUCUUUCCACGUGUGUGAGAGCAUUUCAGUCGCAUUGGCAGAUCCACUGCUCCACCAUGAAGCGACCGAAGUUGAGGAAAGCAAGUAAGCGAGUGUCCUGCUCCAAACGUUAUAAGAUACAGAAGAAGGUCCGGGAGCAUAACAGAAAACUAAGAAAAGAGGCGAAGAAGAAGGGAGUGAGCAAACGAGUGAAGAAGGACCUCGGAGUUCCCAGCAGUGCUCCCUUCAAGGAGGAGAUCCUGAGGGAGGCAGAGGAGAGGAGGCUACAGAUUGAAGCAGAAAAAGAAAAAAAGCGACAAGCCAAAAAGGAGGAGCGAGCCCAGAAGAGGAAGAAUGAGAAGCAGCCAGAAAGUAAAGAGACGGAGCCCAAGGCCAAGAAGGCUCGUGAGGAUGACGGUGGAAAUAAACCACAGAAGAGUGCACCCAACAAGAGCUCUAAGCAGCAUCUAUGUGCUGAGUUAAACAAGGUAAUAGAUGCGUCUGAUGUGAUAAUAGAAGUCCUGGAUGCUCGUGACCCUCUCGGAUGCAGGUGUCCACAGCUGGAGGAGGCCGUGCUGCAGAGACCCGGCGACAAGAAAUUACUUUUGGUUCUGAACAAAAUAGAUCUGGUACCAAAGGAACACGUUGGGAGGUGGAUGACGUAUUUACAGCAGGAGUUUCCAGUUGUGGCCUUCAAAGCAUCAACAUACGUCCGGGACAAAACAGUGCAAGCGAAAAAGCGAAGAAUAGUUGCAUCCAACGAAGUCCUGGAUAAAUCCAGAGGAGCCGCCUGCUUCGGGAGCAGUUGUCUCACUGAGCUGCUCACGAGUUACGCUGCUGCAAGACAGAGCGAAGUGUCCCUGAAAGUGGGCGUCGUUGGUUUUCCUAAUGUGGGGAAAAGCAGCCUCAUCAACAGUGUGAAGGGCGUCCUGGCGUGUCACGUCGCCGUGAAGAGGGGCAACACCAAACACAUGCAGGAGGUUCACAUCUCCAAGAGCGUGAAGCUGAUAGACAGUCCGGGAAUCGUGGCGUCGCCGUCCAACCCGCCCGCCUCCAUGGCUCUGAGGAGCCUGCAGGUGGAGGAGGGGCAGGAGAGCGUGGGCGAGGCCGUCAGGACUCUGCUCAAGCAGUGUGAUAAGACCGAGAUCAUGCUUCAGUACAACGUCCCCGACUACAGGAACUCUCUGGAGUUUCUGAACUUAUUCGCCAAAAAACGAGGUUUCCUGCAGAAAGGCGGCGUUCCUAACGCAGAGCAGGCCGCCAACACCUUCCUCGAUGAUUGGACAGGAGCCAAACUCGGCUACCACUCCAAGGCGCCGGGAAACCACAGCCUCCCUCCCUACCUGUCUGACGCUGUGGUCGCCGAGAUGCAGAAAGGCUGGGAUCCGAAGAUACUGAAAGCAGGAAACGAGGAAACUCUGAAAGGCGUUAAGUUCCCGAGCAUUUCCAGCAGCAUCACCUUCAUCUCCAAAGGCCCGACUGCUGGUCUGCUGAGCGUCGCCGACGUCGCCGAAGAAAAACCUCCCGCUGAGCCGAAGGCUGCAGCCGCAGAGGAAGCAGAAGCAGCAGAAGCAGCAGCAGCAGCAGACGGGAACGACGAAAACGAUGAGCCUGAGGAAACUACAGAGGUGGCAACAAAAGCAAAGAAAAAGUCACUCAAAGGUCACGUGCAGUUUCAGUCCGUCCCCAUUGACAUCAACCUCUCUGCAGCUACAACAGCCGACGCCUACGACUUCAACACGGACUUUAAAUGAGCCUCAAACUGAACUGAGUUCACGUUAAGAGCUGGACGGAAGAAAACGCUCACAUGAAGAGGACCUCUGACCUUCUGUCUGUCCUUCCAGUUGAAUGAUUUAAGUCCAGAUUUGAGCCACUUCAUCUCGGCUUAAACCCGGUAGAUGGUGGGAAAACUUACAAGCAGCCAAAAUAUAAGACACACAUGUAAAAACAAAUGAGUUCUGAUAAGAGUCCUGCACAAAAAUCCUCCUGUAUGACUGUUUUUGGAGGAUGUUUUUGGUGGAUGACGCACCAGAGUUGCUCCCAGUGCUUCACACUGAUGUGAGUCAGUGGGUAAAUGUGAUGCUGUGACUGUAAAAUGCUUUUAAGCACCAAAAAGGUUGAAAAGCACUUAAAUAAAAGGUGUCUGUAUAAUAUAAUUAAAUAGUACUACAACCUACAGCCUCCAAAAUAAAAACAGCUUCCAGGAGCAAACAUUUAGUGCAGGAUGGAACUUAUUCGUUUUCACUAUUGUACCUAAUUUAUUGGCCAGUAAGCAAAUUCUGGACUAAUCUUUCAGCUGAUCCAAACCAGUUUUUUGUCUAGAACUGCGUGUGUGUGUAUAUAACUAUUUCUCCCAGAUGUCUGCAAAAGGUGUCCAGACGUUAUUUGUAAUAUUUUGUGUUGAUGCAAAAUACUGUACAUAGACAAUUUACUAUAAAUGUAAUAAAACCAUCUACGAAACGA